GAAGAUGGCGGCGUGUAGACGUGUGCAGCUAUAUCUGCUGUUGAUAUUCAUCUCCGACUGGAUCUGUUCUGUUCAUGGAGGCAAACCACCGAGCUUAGACGACGAACAUGCCCCGGAUAAUAUUGACAGAGCCAAGAAACCAGCCGGAGAGGAGAAAGCGGUGGCGGCGGUGGAUGGGGCCCCCGUGGCCUGGCGCAGCGGCGGAUGGAAGCUUGCAGAGGAGGCGGCCUGUCGGGAGGACGUGAGUAAGAUCUGCCCCAAACACUCCUGGAGCAACAACCUGGCCGUGCUGGAGUGUCUGCAGGACCGAAAAGACGAGUUAGAAAUUGGCGCAGACUGCAAUCAUCUUCUGUGGAACUACAAGCUAAAUAUGACAACAGAUCCAAAGUUUGAGUCUGUCGCUGUUGAAGUGUGCAAGAGUACCAUCAGUGGGAUUAUGGAGUGUGCUGCAGAGGAGCGUGGGAAAGGUUACCUGGUAUCAUGUUUGGUUGAACACCGCACUAACAUCUCAGAGUACCAGUGUAACCAGUACAUCACAAAGAUGACCAGCAUCAUCUUCAGCGAUUACCGCCUUAUCUGUGGCUUCAUGGACAAGUGCAAAGACGAUAUCAACAAACUACACUGUGGAAGCGUCAACACAGGCGAGAAGGAUGUCCACUCUCAGGGCGAAGUGAUUGCGUGUUUGGAGAAAGGGCUUGUGACUGAAGCCGAGGAGCAGCCGGGUCAAUACACUAUUAAAGAGGACUGUAAGAAGGCCAUCAUGCGUGUGGCUGAGCUCUCCUCUGACGAUUUCCACUUGGAUCGCCACCUGUAUUUCGUCUGUCGGGAUGACCGCGAACGCUUCUGUGAAAAUACUCCAGCAGGAGAAGGCAAAGUCUACAAAUGUCUUUUCAACCACAAGUUUGAGGAGAGCAUGUCGGACAAAUGUAAGGAUGCUCUUUCCACUCGUCAAAAGCUCAUUGCUCAGGACUACAAGGUCAGCUACUCGCUGGCUAAAGCCUGUAAACCAGACCUGCGCAAAUACCGCUGCAACAUGGAUACGGCGAUGCCACGAGCACGGGAGGCCAAACUAUCAUACCUGCUGCUGUGUCUCGAGUCAGCCGUACACCGAGGUCAAACAAUGAGUGGUGAGUGUCAGGGAGAGAUGUUGGACUACAGGCGGAUGCUGAUGGAAGAUUAUUCUCUCAGUCCAGAAAUUGUGCUGCAUUGCAGAGGGGAGAUUGAGACACACUGCUCCGGCCUGCACCACAAAGGUCGAACCCUCCACUGUCUCAUGAGGGUGUCCCGGGACAAGGGCAUCUUGGAGGGCCACUGCCAGAAAGCUCUCCAGACACUGAUACAGGAAACGGACCCCGGGGCAGACUACCGCAUCGACCGAGCUCUCAACGAGGCCUGCGAGUCGGUCAUCCAGACCGCAUGCAAACACAUUCGCAACGGAGACCCCAUGAUCCUGUCUUGUCUAAUGGAGCACCUGUACACUGAUAAGAUGGUUGAAGACUGUGAACACAGACUAUUAGAGUUGCAGUACUUCAUCUCUAGAGACUGGAAACUGGACCCCAUCCUGUACAAAAAGUGUCAGAACGAUGCCGCUCGUAUCUGUCACACUCACGGCUGGAAUGAGACGAGUGAAUUCAUGCCUCCCGGCGCCAUUUUCUCCUGUCUGUACCGCCACGCUUACCGCACUGAGAUGCAAGGACGACGGCUAUCUCGGGACUGUAAAACGGAAGUUCAGAGGAUCCUCCACCAGAGGGCGCUCGACGUCAAACUGGAUCCAGAACUGCAGCAGCGUUGCAUGACAGAUCUUGGAAAGUGGUGCAGUGAGAAGACUGAUGCUGGACAGGAAUUGGAGUGCUUGCAGGAUCAUUUGGAUGAUCUGGUCACUAGCUGCAGGGAUGUAGUGGGAAACCUCACAGAAUUGGAGUCUGAGGACAUUCAGAUAGAGGCGCUGUUGAUUCGAGCCUGUGAGCCCGUCAUCCAGUCGCACUGUCAUGAGGUGGCUGAUAAUCAGAUAGACACAGGGGAUCUGAUGGAGUGUCUGGUUGCCAAUAAGCACCAGAAGGAAAUGAAUGAGAAAUGUGCUGUCGGAGUCACACACUUCCAGCUGAUCCAGAUGAAGGACUUCCGCUUCUCGUACAAGUUCAAAAUGGCAUGCAAGGAGGAUGUGCUGAAACUAUGCCCCAACAUCAAGAAAAAGGUGGAUGUGGUGAUCUGUCUGAGCACUACAGUCAGGAAUGACACUCUACAGGAAGUGAAAGAUCAGCGAGUCUCCAUGAAGUGCCGUAAACAGCUCCGAGUCGAGGAACUAGAGAUGUCCGAAGACAUUCGUCUAGAGCCAGAUCUGUAUGAAAGCUGUCGACAGGACAUCAAGCAGCAUUGUCAGAAUGUGGUGUUUGGAAACGCUCAGGUGAUCGAAUGUUUGAAGGAGAAUAAGAAGCUGUUGACGCAGCACUGUCAUCAGAAGCUCUUCAGACUGCAGGAGACUGAAAUGAUUGAUCCAGAACUAGAUUUCCAGCUCAUGAGAGUCUGCAAGCAGAUGAUUAGGCGUUUCUGCACUGAGACGGAUGCAAAGAACAUGCUGCAGUGCCUCAAACAAAACAAGAACAGUGAGCUGAUGGACCCGAAGUGCAAACAAAUGAUCACCAAGAGACAGAUCACACAGAACACUGAUUAUCGUCUGAACCCUGUGCUGAGGAAGUCUUGCAAGGCCGACAUCCCCAAGUUCUGCCAGAGCAUUCUGAACAAAGCCAAAGAUGACAGUGAGCUGGAGGGACAGGUCAUCUCCUGUCUCAAACUCAAAUAUGCAGACCAGCGUCUUUCUCCAGACUGUGAGGAUCAGAUCCGUGUGAUUCUGCAGGAGUCUGCGCUAGACUACAGACUCGACCCACAGCUGCAGUUGCAGUGCAAUGAGGAGAUCCCGCGGCUCUGUGCGGAAGAGGUUGCAGCGCAGGAGCAAACAGGACAGGUGGAGGAGUGUUUGAAAGUCAACCUGCUGAAGAUUAGCCAUGAGGGAUGUAAAAAGGAGGUGCUGAACAUUCUGAAGCAGAGUAAGGCAGAUAUAUUUGUGGAUCCAGUUCUACACACAGCUUGCGCUCUGGACAUCAAACACCAGUGUGCCGCAAUCCCACCUGGCCGAGGAAGGCAGAUGGCGUGUCUAAUGGAAGCUCUCCAGGAUAAGCGUGUGAGAUUACAGCCAGAGUGUAAAAAGAGAUUACAGGACCGCAUUGACAUGUGGGGUUACGCAGCCAAGGUAGCACCAGCAGAAGGUUUCUCCGACCUUGCUGGGCAGGUUUUCUCAUCUCCUGCCAAGAACUACAUCCUGAGCAUUCUGCUGACAUGCGUUUUGGUGCUGUUCCUUAUGGGUCUGCUGUGCGGCCGCAUAACCAAGCGUGUGACGCAAGAUUUGAAGAACAGGUAGAGAGGGGGUGGCGGGGGCAGGGGUAGUGUGAUUCUGCUCCCCUGAGGGGCAGAAUGCCCAGAAUGCCCCAUUCGCCAUUCUUCCUGGGCCAGGGAAGGACGCUGGGAUUGGUAAAGCAAACUUGACGAGGGUGUUGGGGGGGGGGGUUGAUGGGGGUCGGGUGUUUAGACUCUGUGUGUGUGCAUUUUCAUGGUACCGCCCAUGGCCACAUUGGGACCUAGUUUUAAUUGCAACACACACUCUUUGUUUUUUCCCCCGGACUGUGCAUAUCCUACAUCAUCUGUAAAUCUGCCUGCUGCGGAACCCGCGAGCAUCCUUUCUGCUGUACGCCAAUAAACUGGAUCAGCUUUCUUCAAUUACAAGCACUAAUGUCGCAAAAACUUUGUUUUGAUUUCCAGCUAGAUGUUUUUAUUUAUUGUUGAUGUUUUGGCUGUUUUGGAUUGCGGUAGCAGGAGGUUUUGCGUGGAUUUGCUUUGUGGUGUGUUACUAUUUGCAGGGAUGUUGAACACAGGCAGCAAAUUGUUGCAAUUUUUUUACGUCCAUACUAUAGAAAACAGUUACUGAAGAUGUGCAUAGUGACAAUGAUUGAGUGAUCUUCUUUUUUUUAAUGCGUGUUUGUGCCUUUUUGCGUGAGAGAUUGUGAUUUGUGUGUCAGUGGAUAAUAUGUCUGUGAAUCUAUAAUUUGUUUUUCUCUCACAUAAUAUUUGCUUUCAUCGUGGGCUACUUUUUUUCCUUUGGAAACAUUCAUGUUUUUUUCCUGCUCUUGGUAAUUCUUCCGUCUUUUGGUGGGUGGUUUUUGUUGGGAGGAUUUCUUGUGUGGAUGCAGUGUGAAGAUUUAGAACAUCAGUCCCACUGCUGUGUAGGUGUUGAAGGAGAACUGCUCUUAACUGGGCCGAUAGCACCAGAUUUACAAACUUGAGCUUGGCCUGUCCAAAUCGCAAUGUUAACGCAAAUCAAGGGUGGCGGUUGAUUCUGGGCUCAGGAAGGGUCACAUUCAACCUCUUGAUUGCUUGGUCUACAUGUCCCUGUUUACACGCUGUUAUUGAUGUUUUCUGGUGGUCAACAGAUAUUGUUUUCAUAGUGCCAUUUUAACAGACUGUUCUGUUGGCUUAACAUCCCCAACACUCCAUGCAAAGAAUUGAAUGCAUUGAUUUUGUAUGUCAAAUUCAUGUUUUCAAAAACUCACCCAUGUCUCAAUUAUCAUUGUAGAUGCAUUUGUUUUAUUCUAUGUUCUGGGAAUGCCUUGCUCUUAUAUCAUUGGGUUAACAGAGAAGUGUAUAUCACUAUAACUUCCUAAGAGUGGGAGAAUUUUUGGUUUCAAAAACUUCACAAUUGGUCCAUCUUUUCAAAUGGGAUUUUGAAACGUAUUGCCGUCCAUAUUUAUGAUAGUUUCAGGCUUUACUUUGAGCUUUUUCAUUUGGUUUCACGGUGCAAUCUUUUUCUCAAAGAUUUCGAGAACUUGGAGGAUUGUGAUCCAUUAAGAACCGUGUUUCUACAUUUGCAAAAAACAUUUUUUAAUUAGGAGUAUUCUUGUUAUUUUUCAGUAAAAAUAUCUAAACACUCUUAAAACAAGAUUAAUUCACUUGAAGCAAAAUGACAGCAUAUUUGGUCUUGUUUUCAGAGAAAUCUAGCUUAAUUUGGUAGUUUUUGCUAAAGAAUUUAUUUUUUUUACUGGAAAAUAAGACAAACACUUGUUAAAUAAUUACAAAAAUUAUUUUAUUUUGCAAUGUUGAGUUUAUCUUGUAUACUCGACUCAAGUGAAAUCUCAUAAUACAACCAUUUGUCAACUAAGUUUGUAAAUUUGUACCGUUUGUUAAAAUAAAAUUCACUACCAAAAGCUUUAGUGCAGCAUCUCACUCCACUCAUACUUCACUUUCAUGUAGAUCCAAUAACAUUGACGUUAAAACAUUAAUUGAGUCCUGUUACAGUUCCUGUGCAUCUCUGCCUUUUAAAUUAAUUUGGCUUUUUUAUUGUUAUUUGUAUGCUUUUUGUACAAAAUGCCAUUAAAGUGGACUUUGGUUAUAGUGUUUGUGCAUUCAAGCUGUGCUUUAAUAAUCUGAUUUCAUGUUAUAAAUGCAUAAAUGUUCAUGCUGUUGGGUGGGGGAACAAAACAUCUGUACUGUAAAUAGCUGUAACAUUUUAAUAGAGGAUGUAAGAUGGCAAACUUUGCCUUUUGGCAUUUUCUUUUUUGCAGAAAACUUGAUCAGCCAUGGGCUACACUCUUACAGAAGGACAGGACAGGGUACAUUUCUAUUAAGUAACAAAAAAAAAUUAUAAUGUAGAAAUUAUUAAGCACACACCCAAAAAUGAAAGUUCCAUGUGAUUAAGUCAUAUCAUUCGAAACUUCUAUGAGUAAAUUAUUAAUCCAAAAAAAUUGGUCAACUGUAUAUAACUUUAUAUUAAUUGGCUUGUGCUCAAAUAAAAUUUUGCAAGCAAGAAAUUUUUUAUUGUAGCUCAUGCUAUUGAAUGUAUCCGCAUUGGGGUGAUUUCUGUAGUAAUUUGAAUGCAAAUUUCAUUAAACAAUAUUUGAGGUAAUGAACCAAAUGUAUCUCUUGCUUCAUGUGCUUUGAAUGAUUUUUAAUAUUUCUGCUAAUAAAGCUUUGAUUCAUGCUUCUUUGAUGUGGAUUUCCUGCAAAGAUGGGGAAAAAUGAAUUGCAGCCAAAUAUUUUAUUUUCAUAGCUAAUGAAAAUACAGCUCUUCCCUCGAUUUCCUUAAUGUUUAUCCACUUGCAGCAGUGAAAAAAAUUAUUUUAACGGUAAAUGUCUUUUUUUUUUCUACACCUUGAAAGUGAUUCAAACAUGUAUUUUGGAAAUAUUGAUGCAAACUACUUGAACUGUGGUGGUGUUGUGUUAUUACCAUAUUCAUUCAUAGUGACUGAUUUUACUCAAACCACUUUUUUUUUUUUAUUAUUAUUAUUUUUUGUAUUUGAUUUUUGCAGUAUGGCAGACAUUUCGGGGGGAAAUGUACUUAAAUAUAAUAUAUUAUAAAUUUUUUCCCACGUGAAAUAUGACCUGAAUAUGUUUUCGUUAGAGAAUCCAACCAAUCUAGUCUUGCAAACAUUACGGGACAGUAGUUUGUAUCAAUAAUAAGGGUGUUGGUAUACUGUCCAUGUACUCACUCCACUGUAUCCAUGGCUGGAUGAAAACUGGGCAACUUUUGGUUGACUAUUUUUUACGUCAUCUUUGCAUAACUUCUGAACGAGUUAAACUAGCACUGGAAAAACUUCUUCUGUAAGUGACAUCUGAAAACCACCGUCAUUAACAACCACUGCUUCCUGUCUGUCAAAUCUGAUUUAUGACAAAUUAUACAUGACAAGGAUGAACUGUUUUUGUAUUUUCUUUCUGUGUACAAAUUUAUUAUAAAAAUUAUUUUUCCUCAAAUCUGAUUAAACCAUGUACUAUACAGAUAUAACAAAACCAAAUGUGCAUUUCUUUUGUCAUUUAUGUUGUUUUGCUCUGUACAAGUUGAACUGAACCUUUGUUAAUAAAAUGAUC